CCCUAUUUGAAACAUUCUGUGUUGCAUGUUUCAAUUUUCUCCAAAUUAAACAAAUUCCCCACCGAAAAUGGAGAUCGGAAGCGAACUCAGUGAAGGAAACUCAAGGAGGAUCCAAGUCAGAUUUGUAACCAAGUUAAAAGCUCUUUAUAAAGUUCCCAAUACAGCCAUUGCCAUCCCUUCGCACCUCCAUCGCUUGGGCCUUUCCUCCAUUGUUAACAAGCUUCUUCAAGCUGUGAAUUCUGAGUGGAAAACAGAGCCUUUUGAUUUCCUGAUCGAUGGAGAGCUCGUCCGUAUGCCACUUGAAGAGUUUCUUCUUGCCAAGGGCAUUUCCGCUGAAAAAACUUUGGAAAUUGAAUACAUAAGAGCUGCUGCCCCUCAAAAAGAGGAAGAGCCUUGUCUGCAUGAUGAUUGGGUCAGUGCAGUGGAUGGAUCUUGUCCUAGGUUCAUCUUAACUGGUUGCUAUGAUGGCUUGGGAAGGGUAUGGAAACAAGCAGGAUUGUGUACACAUAUACUAGAAGGACACAGUGGUGUAGUUUCUUCUGUUAGUAUCAUCAAAUCAGAAGGGAUAGGUAGUUCUACGGUAGCCACUGCUUCAAAAGACCAAACUGUGAGGCUGUGGAAGUUUAAUGUGGAGGACUCUAGUGACCAACCUGCAAGGCUAAGAGCAUUCAAGAUAUUGCGUGGGCAUAAUGCAUCUGUACACAGCGUUGCAGCGAAGACUUCGGGAGACAUGAUUUGCUCAGGUUCUUGGGAUUGCACCAUCAAUUUAUGGCGUACAAAUGACUCUGGUAUAGAUGGGGAUACGGUGUCAAUCAAGAAAAGGAAAGUGAAUAAUGAAGUUGAAGAAUCUCAAUCAGAGGGAGAGGCAGUGUCUACACUUGUGGGUCAUACACAAUGCGUCUCCUGUGUGGUUUGGCCUCAACACGAGACAAUUUAUUCUGCAUCAUGGGAUCACUCGGUUAGAAAAUGGGAUGUUGAUACGGGCAAAGAUUUGUUUGAUAUAGUCUGUGACAAAGUCCUUAACUGCAUUGAUAUAGGAUCUGAAGGGUCGGCUCUUGUUGCUGCUGGUGGUUCCGAUCCAGUUCUUAGAAUAUGGGAUCCUCGGAAGCCAGGAACAUCUGCACCCGUGUUUCAGUUCUCUUCACAUAGUUCUUGGAUUUCGGCUUGCAAGUGGCACAGUUGGUCAUCUUUUCAUUUACUUUCAUCAUCCUAUGAUGGGAAAGUAAUGUUGUGGGAUCUAAGAACAGCGUUUCCUCUUGCUAUCAUUGAUUCACACAAAAACAAGGUAUUAUGUGCAGAUUGGUGGAAGGGUGAUUGUGUGGUGAGCGGUGGGGCUGGUGCACAGCUCCGUAUCUCCUCGGACAUCUCUAUCCAUUGAGAACCUGGCAAGCUCGAGUUCGGAGCGGAGAUUGGAGCUGGGUGAAAUUGGGUAAUAAGUGUAAGGUUUAGCUAUUAAAGGGUGAUUGCCAUUGUGUCAAAUGGCAACCAAUUUUGUUCUGCAAACUUUAAGAUAUGUAAACAAAGACGUAAGGACUCAAAUGUUCUCUUUUUAUGCUUGGAGUCUUUAGUUUUACCCACUUUCAUCCAUGGUAAUUAAUCAUAAUUAUUC